AUGCCUAACAGAUUGGCUGUGACAGAGCGAAACCAGCCUGUGAAACGUGUUCCCUUGCAGGGGUGCCUUGCACUUUCACUCCGACAGCGCAGCAACGGAAAAGUUUCGUGGUCGGCCACCACUUAUUUGCUUGAAUCAUACAGCUUCGAUGCAGCGCUAUCGAACUUUCGGUGGCAUCUGGGGUUCUGCGGUCCCCGCGCCGCUCCUUUUGCUCUGACACCAAGCUUCUCCUCCACCGUUUACGAACGGACGGGUUUCGUUCUCAAUAUUGAGGAUUUCUUAAAUCAACUAGCCCAAUCAUUCAAACUGCAGUAUCCAACACAUUCCACGAGGACCAUCGUUCCGAAAUGGCCUCCGCAGUCUCUGAUACAGCGUUCAAUAGAGUACUUUUCGAAGAACAGACUCUAUUCCAUUUUCCCAGCUGUCGACUUGGAAAAUACCCCCUUCCAUCUCGAUCCAAAAGCGCUUGGCAAUCCCGACAGCACAACCAGUCCUGCCAAGUAUGCCUGUCUGGUUGCUUUAACGGCUCUAGUCACCCGAAUCCGCGGGGACGACAUGGCUUUUGCUGAUGCCGACCCUGAUGCGUACGUGCAAGCAGUGCUGACUUUGUUACCCGAAUUGAUCAUAGACAAUGCCAACUUACGAAGCCUUGAAGCUCUCGUUUUGCUAGCGCUAUACAUUGCUCCCCUUGGUCAACCGCGGCCGGCAGGAAUCUUACUUGCUAUGGCUACACGGAUGCUGUAUAAUAUGGGAGCAAACCGAAACAGGGCACCCCCUGAUGAGACGUUAGAACAGAGUCAGCACCGCCAACAUGUGCGGGCUCUGUUUUGGCUGUGCUACGCCAUCGACAAAGAAAUGUCGCUUCGAGAAUGCAAGACUCCUUUGAUCAACGAUGCUGACUGUGACCUGUAUCUGCCGGCCGCUUAUGUAUCGACUUCCUCUGAUCGGUCGUUCUUUCCAGAACCUUUAUCAACGAAAGAGCUUCUCUUCCCAUCAGACCUUCGUCUUGCCCUAAUAAAAUCCAAAAUACAACAUUUGCUGUACUCUGAUCAUGCAAAAAUUCAUGGAGCAAGCAAUAACGGAAGUAUACCAUCACCUCAGAGCUGGUCCCUAUUACCAUCUAGUAUGGAGAUUUGCCACCAGUCAGCACGGUCCACUUUACUCUAUCUCAGUCGAGUGCGCCAUCUUAUACUACCUGAAACGUUCUGGUUGGAUCUACGCUCAAUUUCUGUUUACUGCAGUAGUCUCUCUCUUUUGGCAACUGAUUACCACCGCUCCUCCCGCGUCAACUUCCGAGGAAGACCUGCAGAUCAUAGAGGAGACCGCAGGUAUAUUCAGUGA